AUGGUCCUGGGGGUCUCACUGUCCCCUGCCCUGGGACGCUGGUUCCGCCAUGCAAUCCCUUUCGCUAUCUUCACGCUGUUACUUCUUUACAUCAGUGUAUGGCUGUUCCAUGAGUGGCCCUUUGAGUUGCCAGCUCAAAGAACUCAGCAGUCCGGCCUGUGGGAACUCAAGCUCUCUUCUUCUCCAGCCCUCACCUCUCUGCUUCCUGUCACCUCAGGUGUUUUACCAGGCUGCAGGCCUUGGGUGCAGUCCUGCAAUCCAGAGAGAGCGCUACCUUCCCAGAUUGGCCCAGCAUUGAGACCCCUAGUGGUCCCAGAGAAGGAAGAACCUCCCUGUCUGAGGCCUCAUGGGUUGCUGGGUCGCAUGGUGAGCCCUUUCCUGGCCUGUAUGAGCCCUGAAGGGGAUGUGGAGUUAUCUCAGUAUCUGGCAGGUUGGCGAGAACUACUUAGGCUCCUAACCCCCCUUGGCUCUGUCUUCGCCUUUGCCACCAGCGAGGCCUCCAACAAGGUGACCGCCCUCGAGGCUCAUGUGCACGGCCCCGAUGCUUCACAUUAUACAUCGCUGGUGACUAUGGUGACGUGGGAACGGCGAGCAGUAUUGCUAGAGCGUCUGGGGACCACACCCCGGCACCUAGCGGGGCCCUCGGGCUCUCAAACGCUGCUUUUGCUGCACCGCGCGUUGCGCUGGUCCCAGCUCUGCCUCCACAGGGUGGCGACUGGGAAGCUCGGAGGUCCAGAGGCUGGCGCGCAGUGUAGGGACGCCUACAGCACCGCCCUAGCCCCGUACCAUCCAUGGCUUAUCCGUCAGGCCGCUCGCCUGGCGAUCCUGACCCUCCCGAGCCGCAGUCGCUUGCUCCAGCUGGCGUGUCCAGGAACCGGAGAGGCGGACGCGCGGGUUGCUCUGGCCCGGGCCGCCCGCGUCCUGGAGGAUGUGUACAAUCGUACCCAGGGCCUCCUGGCCAGCCACGGCCUGCUUCAGCUGGCUUGAUACCGCGACGACCUGAGACUGAACAGGAAGGCAUUUCUGGGGUGGGAUCUAGGUACUCAGAGUUACGGGCGGCCUGGAUAGUGGUCCUCCUCCGUGACGUCACCACAAUUAAGGCCCGCCCCCAACAGGGCGGCCCAAGUUAAUGUACGAGAGCCUUUCAUCUUCAACCUCGGGAAGCUGGAAGAAGCAAUGAAGAAUAAAGAAUUCUGGAGCGAUGGCUCAGCGGUUAAUAGCACUGAUUGC